UGUUCCUGCUCGAUCCUUCUCGCUCCCUCUUUCUUCUUGGUCCGCGCUCUUUCUCGUUGCUGAACAGAGAAGAUCGAGGCUGGUGUGUGCGUUCCCCCCCUUCUUUCUCUCAGUCUAACUCGCGACUUUCGUCCGUCAUCGCAUGGGAGUUCCUCCACUAUCAGACCCGUUAACAGCAGUCGGCGUCGAGGCACCCGCUAUAACGUCUCUCGCAUCCCCGGGUGCCGGUGCUCCUCGUUCCUGACCUGUCUGGCCGAUGGACGGCACGGAAAUCAGUGUCCUCGUAAGCUGGAACAUCGUUUCGCGUAUCGUUCUCCAACGAACAAUCGUCGUCUUUGAUCGACGUCGUCGCUCGUACCGAGAGAUUCAAGGGUGGGUGAUUUGAACGAGGGUUGCGAACGGGUUGAAGAAUCCAUUGAUAAUUAAGGAUAAAAAGGUUUAGAUUGUAACCUUCGUGGGAAAGGGGAUGAUUUCUGGAGGCAGUGCUUCAUGUUAUUGUAAAAAGGGGAUGGUGAUAGUACGGUGGUGAAAAACGCUCGUUGAACCUGAAAGGGAGCGGAUGUCGUGCACAGUGAGGGUAGAAUUGUUGUAAGUGAUAUCGAACUGUCGGAGCAGGAUGAUGGAAGUGCAGCAGCAACACUCGCCUGUAGGGGUGGGUCCUCUGGACUUUUCGCGCAGGGGUGUCGCGGAAGCGUCAGCUUUUCGCGUUGUCAAGCCGAAACAGACGGCAUCCUCGUUGGUGCACCAGCAGGCCUUGUCGCCGGAAACGAAUAACAACGAGAAUCUUCAGGAGAGUCCGCAGGUUCCCGUUGACACCGAAGGUGGUUGCAACGUUCGUUUAAUGUUCCCCAGACUGUGGGCCCCCUUUGGAAACCCUACCGAGGUCACCAGUCUGCCACCCCUCCCCAAAAGUCAUUCAGAACGACUGUCUUUUGGAGUGGGUCGUCUGGUGGGGUCUCCAGCGACCAGGAGUCCCUCGCCGUCGCACUCUCCUUGUCCGGACUCUCCACCGUCGGAUCGUCGAGACGGCGAGGUGGACGUGGAUGUCGAAGACGAGGAAGUGGAUGUGGACGUCGAGGAAGUGGGUGACGAGGAUGAUCGCGAGGCGUCGAGUCCUCCGCGAUCGUCGACGACGCCGUCGCCUAACAGCGUCGCGACGUCCCCGGCUUCGAACCCCCCGAAGAAAUCCGGAGACACUUUCAGCGUUUCAGCUCUUUUGAGGCCGGAUCCUCCGUCUGCUCAUCUGCAGAACACCUCUCCUCACAGGGACACCUCCAUCGGAGCACAUCCCCCUCCACCUGGCUCCUCCAUACUGUACCCACCUCUUCAUCUUCAGGGUGGACUCUUACCUCCUCAUCCUCAUCACCCUCUGUCGUACUUGCAUCCCCAGCUCCUGCCUCAUCAUUUGUUACCGCCGCACCUGCACCCACUGCUGCGCGGAGUCCACCCGGGUCAUCCUGGUCUCCACACGACCCACACCGCCCACGGCCUUCAUCAUCAUCCGCUCGGCGAUGUGUACAGCUGUGUCAAGUGCGACAAGAUGUUCAGCACGCCUCAUGGACUCGAGGUGCACGCAAGGAGAUCCCACAACGGCAAGAGACCCUUUGCCUGCGAGCUGUGCAAUAAAACGUUCGGCCAUGAGAUCAGCCUCACUCAACACAGGGCUGUACACUCCGCGGAAAAGGUGUUCGAGUGUAAGCAGUGCGGAAAAGCGUUUAAACGUUCCAGUACACUGAGUACUCAUCUUUUAAUCCAUUCCGACACCAGACCGUACCCCUGUCAAUUCUGCGGAAAGAGAUUCCACCAGAAGAGUGACAUGAAGAAGCACACCUACAUACACACUGGUGAGAAGCCACAUAAAUGUCAGGUGUGUGGAAAAGCGUUCUCCCAAAGCAGCAAUCUGAUUACGCAUUCGAGAAAGCACACGGGUUUCAAACCUUUCGCCUGUGAACUUUGUGGUCGAGCUUUCCAACGAAAGGUGGAUCUAAGAAGGCAUCGGGAGACCCAACACGCUGACUUGAACGCGUCCCAACGACCAUCCGGUUUGAACCCCAUCCCUGGACAAAAUUCUCUCCCCAAUGGCAAUCCGCAAUUAUUGCAGUGAAUGACACGGUGAAUCUCUCUUCUGAGAAGAGAAACAUUUAUUCGAACACUUCCGGAACGGUGCAAUUCGUGGAACUCGGCAGAUCUCAUUUUGGCCUUGUCGUCGAACACCCUCCGAUUAAACGUGUACGUCAAUUUGUACAUUCGCGUUUGAAUUGGAUCUUGUAUUUAUUGAAAUAGAAACGCGUUUGUUCGGGUGCAAUGAUAAUCGAGGGAUGGUAUGAUGUUUCGUUGACUGGAAUGUCAAUGGUAUACACAUUCCGAUUGUUAUCAAAGCUGUACAUUCCACGCGAGGUUCGAGCAAGAAAGUAUAAUGAUAAGAAUUAAAUAGAUUCAUGAGGAUCCUUUUUUCUUGAGCGACAACCACGGUAUUUCAAAGAAAUUCAUUUGUUUUCACGAGUAUCGGUACUCGCCGUGUUGAAUCGUUCAUUAAGAUUAUUGAUAAUCGUUCACUGUACUUCUCGUAUUAAGUAGACGUUUACGCGAUGUUCUUUGUGGCGAUUAAACGAGCUUAGUUUGAUCGUGUUUAAUACUGUUUAAUUGCCUGUAAUAUCCUAAUAAAACAUCAGUGACCUGUUCUUCUUUUUUUAAAACAAUUGAUGAGAAAUAAUUUUAAUAAUUUGUGUAAUAAAAAUUAGAAUUAAGCUCGUUUGAUCGUCGUUAAUCGACAAAGUGUAAAAAAAAGUACGAGCAGCGUACUGUAUUUUGCAUAUCUCCAGCACCUAUCGUUCAAGAAAGGGCAUCACCCACCCCCAAAGUUGUGACCAAAAAAAA